GAGUGAGGUUCCCUGUGGCGUCAGAGGUGCCGGAGCCACCACUAACAUGGCCGACGUCCAGGAUGACGACCAGUGGCUCUAUGGCGACGAGAAGGACGACCCCAGGGAAGACGGAGAGAUAAAUGACAGACCUGAGGCUGACCCCGAUGAUGCCAGGAAGGAAAAUGAGCAGAGCAGAGAUAUGUCUGUGGAAGAGGGCAGUAGGGAAACUGAAAAGGAGAAAGAUGGAGAAGAUAAAGGAGAUAAAGAAAAGGAAGGUGAAAAAGAGCCCGGCGAGAAAGGAGACGACGAUGACAGUAGUGAUGAUGAUGACCUCACUAUUACCAUUGGUGUUAUCAAAACACAACCAGAUAUCAUACAAGCUCCUACAGCGCCUCACUCGGCUAGGUUCCAGCCUAAGGCUGCACCGAACACAGGCUUGAAGGAUGAUGAUUUUACUUCUCCGGGAAAAAUUAAUGGGGUACCUAUGACAGAAUAUAACCUUGCUGAUUUGGAGGAUAAACCAUGGAGGAAACCUGGAGCUGAUAUUUCAGAUUAUUUUAAUUAUGGUUUUAAUGAAGAGACCUGGUUCAAAUACUGCGAGCGUCAGAAGAGGAUGAGAAUUUCCGAGUCUGGUGCCGGUUUAACUGGUCUUGGAAUUAGCGUGACCAAGGUUAGCUACAGGAUAUUUGACAUGACUCCAUUUGGUAAUGCUCCCAACAGCAUUCCAGUGACAAUAGUCAAUGAUAAUAGUAAAUACGGCGGUGCUGGAGCUCAGAGGCCGAAGGCAGGACCCCCUCCUCGUAAUAAAAUGGGACAGAUUGACGUUAUUGGUGGAACCUCCAACCCUAACAAACCGAGUACAAUUCAGGUUAUGACAGCUGACAGACGAGAGUACUCCAAUAAAGUAAUGAUGAAUGGUCCUCCACCACCAUUGCCACCUAACCAGCCGGGCUACAAUGAUAUGGAGUUUGGUGGUAAUCCAUAUGGGGAUUCAUAUUAUUCAGGUGAUACUCCAUUUUAUGGAGGUCCUGGAUUUGAGAAUCCUCCACCAUGGGGACCUGGUGGACAACCUCCAAUGCCAGGUCAGAAUAAUUGGGAGGGACCUGGAGGUGGUCCCCAAAAUGUCACACCUGUAUCAGGUGGAGCGGGUUACUUUGAAGAAGAAUCUGUUAGUGCUCCACCAGCACCUUCUGAACCUGAGGAAGAAAGACACAGAUCUCGAAGAGGCCAUAGAUCCCGAAGUCGAUCCCCAACACGUCACAGGCACUCUAGUCGACAUCCAAGAUCUCGUUCUCGAUCACCAUCUCAUAGACACAAACGCAAGAAGUCGAAAAGGGAGCGUGACGCAGAUUAACGCUUCGCGUUCUCAGUACAAACGUGUAAUUUGUCAUAUUAUGUGCUUUAUAGAAGUAAUAUCUUUGUAUCCAUAUAAAUUUUGUUUGAUAGUUUGUUAAUUUUAAUUUGUCAAUAAAUUUAAGAAAUGUUGUAUUGUAAAAAAAUAUUCAAAAAAAUUUCAUUAAUUUUAAUACUAUUUCAUUAGGUACAAUAAAACCUUGAAAUAAUCCUAAAUAUAAAAAUAAAUCAGUAUAGUUUA